AUGUCACCAAUAAAUUAUACUAGAUUCUUCUCACGUUUACGAUCCUAUGUAAUUUCAUCAAGAAAUUCUAAUCAAGAAAAUCUUAUUAGAAACAAACAUGAACGAAAUUAUGCGUCAGCUGUAUGUAGUAUGUUUGCUGUAGCAAUAUUAGCUGUUAGUCUAUCGGAUUAUCGUUGGUUUUGGUUACGUGGUGGUUUAUGUAGUUCAAAAUUUAUUGGUUUAAAUAUGUUUUUUGCUGUUGGAAAAUUAUAUGUAAUACAAGCUCCUGUUCCAUGGAAUCCUUCGGCUCCUAUGAAUGAUAUUUAUCAAUUUAAACCGAAUGAUUAUAUCGAAUUAAUUGGAUGUGUUGAUACACAUUCAAUUUUAAUACUUCGUCUGAUGAUAACAUUCAUUUGUUUAGCAAUAGUUUUAUCAACUAUUGGAUUUCUACUUGAUGUACUUGGACCGAUAAGAUAUGGAUUAAAAUUUAUUCGACGUCAUGCUUUCUUACAUAUUCUAUCAGUUAUUCUAUGUACAAUUGUACUUGGACUUUGUUUUUAUGUAUCAGAAUUAAUUUACGACAUUCAAGAUAAAACUCGAGUAAAAUUUGGUAAAAAAAUUGAAGUACAAUUUGAUAUCGCAUAUUAUCUUGUGGUUAUAUCAAAUGGACUUUUAUUAUUUGCAAUUGCUUGCGCACUUUUAAGAAAAUAUCCAACGUAUGAUGAAGAACAUUUUCAUAGAUUAAUUGAUGAUUGGUCAAGACAUGAACAACCAUUGUUUAUUGAACGAACAUUACCAGCAACAAUAUCAACUAUUCCAAUUAGUAAUGAACCACCUCCCGAAUAUUAUUCUGAAGAAGAUUUACUUGUUUUAUAA